AUGCUUACACUAGCUGCAUGCAAGGUGGAAAAGGCACAUCAGUCAUUUCUUAUUUUUGCACUGCAUUCAGGUACAACCAUCCUCCCUAUAUGAUGAAAACGCACGUCAGCAACAACACUCCGCAGCCCUCUAAAACCAACACACUACAACUGGCAGCAGAAAACACACGAAACAGAGAUGAAAUGAGACAGAACGGUGGAACACAUGUAGACACGGAUGUGAGCUGUCUGUUCAAGAAGAAACACGAAAAACUGUAUAUAGUAUCUUACCUUUAA